AUGAUGUUUGUUCUUUACGGUAAGCAUUUGCAUGUUGCUCCUCGCGUGCUUUCAAGUGCGGCCAGUAAUCGUGCUUUGCUCGCUUCUUUCCACUCUUUUGCCGGUUUAAGGGCUAAAGAAGCUUCUCCAGAAAAUAUCACUGAACCACCAAAAAAGGUGGAUUCUAGUGCCAAUGAUUUGUCAAAGGAUGGCACUAAUGCACAGGAGAAAUUAGAAGAUAAUCCGCAUUUCGCUAAAUUGGCUGAAGAUUUCUCUAGUCAUGAUCACAUCCAUUUACAGGAAUCGGAAACUGAAGAAAACGAUUCUUUCAAACUAGGCUCUAUGCUGACAAGAACUCCACAACAUGCUAACCACGCUCAUUCCCAUGGGUUGGGUAAUCCAAUGUUGGUGUUGAGCAGAGAACAGUUCAAGAAUAACCCUGGUGUCAGAAUAACCUGGAUCGGGUUACUGACAAAUGUCGGUCUGGCCGUUGGUAAGUUCACCGGUGGAGUUGUUUUCCAUUCUCAGGCUUUGAUCGCGGAUUCCGUUCAUGCUAUCAGUGAUUUGGUUUCUGAUUUCUUGACACUUUUCUCUGUCGGUUUGGCUACCCGUAAACCAACUAAUGAUUAUCCGUAUGGCUACGGUAAAGUUGAAACUAUUGGUUCUUUGGCCGUUUCCUCUAUAUUAACUACCGCUGGUUUGUCCAUCGGUUGGUCCUCUCUAUGUGCCAUCGCAGGCCCUAUUGUUCCCCAUGCCAUUUUAGAAUUCUUUGCUGCUCACUCUCAUGGCCAUGGUCAUUCCCAUGUUCAUGCUGUCACUGACAUCAAUGCAGCUUGGAUCGCCGGUGGGUCCAUCAUUUUGAAGGAGUGGAUCUAUAAGGCUACCAAGAAGGUUGCCUUGGAGACUAAGUCUAAUGUCUUGAUGGCUAACGCAUGGCACCACCGUGUAGAUUCCUUAACCUCUUUGGUGGCUUUGGUAACUAUUUCCUCAGGUUAUUUAUUCAACAUCCAAUCUCUGGAUGCGGUUGGUGGGUUAAUUGUAUCAGGUCUAGUCGUGAAAGCUGGUACUCAAGGUAUGGUUGCAUCAAUCAAAGAAUUGAUUGACAAGUCUUUACCUCCAACUGACUCCCGUUACGUCGAAGUGGAGACAAUGACAAAGGAAGUCUUGUCCAAGUUGAUCUCAAACAACAACUCCAAGAAACCUUACCGUAUCGUAGAUUUGACUGUCAUGACAAGUGGUCCAAAUAUGCAUGCUAAUAUGGUUUUGGAAGCUCCAUUGCAAAGAUGGGAUAAUAUCUUAUCCGUUUCUGAAUUCGAAAUCGUAACUGACCAUUUACGUUCUGUCUUAUACAAAAAUAUCCCAUCUUUGAGAAGAUUGAACAUUGAAUACGUUGAAGAAAGACCAGAACUGACUGAAGAAGAGAAGCUGGAGAUUGAGAAGCAAAAGAACCACGGUUUUAGUCCUGUUCCGGAAACCGAAACUAAGGCCUCAAGCGGUGGUUCUCAUUCUCAUGGACAUUCCCAUUCUCAUAUCGAUCUAGGAGGCCAUACCCAUAAACAUUGA